GAGGAGGAGGAGGCUGGUGGCUGUUGAUGUGCAAAUGUGCAUCAUGUUGAAGGGCUGUGAAUGGGGAGGUGUGACGUAAAAAGGGACCCGAACGCAGGUGCUUAUCUCGAGGCUGUCAAAGGCACAGUAUGUCAUAUUCCUGGGGACUACCUUUCAAAGCUGCAGCACCGGCUCAGCUAUCAAGAGACUGGGAGAAAAUCAAACUUUCUGGAUCACAGCACUAGAGGAUGAAUUACACGAUCACGUCCUGAGACGCAAAAAGUGUGACAGCAUUAAUCAGGUUGGACCGCGUGGAUCCGUUGUGUUGUUCCACGGAGUAUUUGGAAAACUGCAGUCAAAGAUGGAUUCUGAUGGCGAGGAGCAAAGUCUAAAAAUGUGUAGCACAGCGCUGGCUGAACGCAUCUCCGGGAAUCACAGCCCAUAUGGGUGUGCGGCGAGGAAGAGGAGCGCUCAGGAAGGGGUGCAGGGCGCCCCAGUCAACAAGAGAAAGUCCCUGCUGAUGAAGCCCCGCCACUACAGCCCAAACGAAGCAUGUGAAGAGGAGAGCGAGGACCUGGCACCACCGCGGGACAAAGAAGAGCUGAGGAACAUUGACACUCCAGCAGGUGGGAAUUUGAAUGCAAUCAUUGGCAGAAACGGUUGCCAUGACAUGGUGGCAAAGUCAAACGAUUCACUUGGAUGGUCUGAAGUUACAUCUACUGGCUCUUCACAGUGUGAGGCCGACACGUCUGAAACUUUGGGUGAUGACGAUGAGGGGGAGCUUGUUAAUAAGGAUGAAGACGAAGACCAAAGUCAGGACAGGAUGAGCAUGACAUGCACAUCAUCGCCGCAGAGCGCUUAUGGAGACAUGCGGGAAGCCGAGUGGGAGCCUCUAGCUCUUGCUGUGAAGGUUAACGGCUCCAACAGCAGCCCCUUGAGACUCUCAGGAGAUCUUUCAGGCAGGAACGGCUACCUGAAAGAAGAGCCUCAUUCAGACCUUGGCGAUCCGAUGGGGCGGAUGGGCAUUUUUCAGGUGGAAGCACUCAGGUACAGGCCGAUCCCCGCGGAGGAAGACAGCGAGGGGGAGUCGGAGGUGGAGCGGCCACCUCGGCUGGACGCCUGGGCGCUGGGCCUCCAUGAGAGAGGCCUGGAAAUGAGCCGAGGUAGAGUGAACCUGAACCUGCUGGAGCAGGCCCUCGCCCUGCAGUCGGAGCAAAGACAGGUCCUCCACCACGCCUACAGGGAGAUGGAUCGCUUCCUCCUGGAGCAGAUGACCAAUGAGAGACGGCACCACAGAAUGAUGGACAUGGACAGCAGACUCAGCUUUCACGGAGGAAAAGAUUCUCCACGCACAGAUAAAAAGGAUAUAAAGUGUCCCACUCCUGGCUGUGAUGGCACGGGUCAUGUGACCGGCUUGUACCCGCACCACAGGAGUUUGUCUGGGUGCCCUCAUAAAGUCCGAGUUCCCCCAGAGAUCCUAGCCAUGCACGAGAAUGUCCUCAAGUGCCCUACGCCCGGGUGCACAGGAAGAGGCCAUGUCAACAGCAACCGUAGCACCCACCGGAGCCUCUCGGGCUGCCCUAUCGCUGCCGCUGUGAAGAUCUCCAAACCUCAGGACGACGGUCUGAAAUGCAGACAAACACCAGAGUGUUCACCAAGAGCCAUCGGCUUGAUAAAGAAGUUCGAGAUGAACCAGUUAAACUACCGCCUCUCUCAUCCAGUAGCAGCCUCGCAAAUGAGCCUCACAAAAGACCUGGACAAGUACAGCAGAAUCCGCUUUGAUUACGCCAGCUUUGAUGCACAGGUCUUCGGCAAACAGGCUUUGAUGGGAACCAACCAGGAGCAGGAAAUCUCACAUUUCCCCGAUUCACCUCAGCAGUAUCCUGGCUUCUUUGGUGUUCCAGGUGGCAGCCUGCCCACCUCUGGUCAGCACAGCCCACCGAGUCAAUUCAAAAAAGAAGACUGUCUCCAAACCUCAGCGGCGACGGCCGCCAUCCUCAACCUCUCCACCCGCUACCGGAAAAACACAGAGGCUGUCGCCGACCGGCCCCUGGCAACCUCCACAAAGGACAUGCUCAUCGAGGUGGAUGAAAACGGCACCCUGGACCUGAGUAUGAAGAAAAGCAAAGACAAUGCUAAAGUACCAACAAAGUCGCCUUCGGAAGACCCGCCACCGCCGGAGCCCACCGUGGCUAAGGGCGGCAGUUUGCUGAUCAGCCCCACCUUUUACCAGCCACUGUGUGAGAGAGACAGCUGGGACAGCCCAGUCCCUGUCAACUUCAGUAAAGCCCACGCACUUCAUGACAAAGAGCAGGAGGACUUUGAUCAGGUCUCCUUGGAGGAUCAACACUAUCAAGGAGACAACAUGAUGAGCCCCAAAAGCAAGCUGCAAUUACGGGAUUCAAAAAAGGAGCUUUUGAGCUGUCCGACCCCGGGCUGUGAUGGCAGCGGUCACGUGACAGGGAAUUAUGCAUCACAUCGAAGUGUGUCUGGAUGUCCCCUGGCAGACAAAACACUCAAAUCACUGAUGGCAGCCAACUCUCAGGAACUAAAGUGCCCAACACCUGGUUGUGAUGGAUCUGGACAUGUGACUGGGAACUAUGCAUCGCACAGAAGCUUGUCAGGUUGUCCACGUGCCAGAAAGGGAGGUUUGAAACUCACACCAAACAAGGAUGAAAAAGAUGAGCAAGAGCUUAAGUGUCCAGUAAUUGGAUGUGCCGGACAGGGCCAUAUAUCGGGAAAAUACACGUCCCACCGCAGUGCAGGCAGUUGUCCACUUGCUGCCAAAAGACAGAAGGAAUCGUCCAUCAACGGGCUGCCCUUUGCCUGGAAAGCCAACAAACAGGAGCUGCCCCAUUGUCCCCUGCCUGGCUGCAACGGCCUCGGACAUGCCAAUAAUGUGUUUGCCACUCACAGAAGUUUGUCCGGCUGCCCGCUGAAUGCACAGAGCAUCAAGAAGAAGCACUCCGAAGAAGAAAUGAUGACUAUCAAAGUGAAAGCCAGCAGUGGUGUAGAAAAUAAAGAUGACAUCCAACACCUAGACCACGAGAUAAACGAGCUGAAUGAAUCCAACAUGAAAAUUGAGGCAGAUAUGAUGCAACUCCAAACCCAGCAGAUUUCAUCUAUGGAAUGUAACCUGAAGAGCAUCGAAGAGGAGAACAAGAUGAUCGAACAGCACAACGACAGCCUCCUGAAGGAGCUCGCUCGCCUUAGCCAAGCUCUCAUUAGCAGUCUAACAGAUAUUCAUCUGCCUCAAAUGGGGCCCAUCAGUGAGCAUAAUUUUGAAGCCUAUGUGAACACAUUAACUGAUAUGUACAACAACUCCGAGCAUGAAUACUCUCCAGAGUGCAAGGCCCUCUUGGAUAAUAUCAAACAGGCUAUUAAGGGCAUCCAUGUUUAAUCUGCACAGCUACCAGGAUGUUUCUUUGACUGCGAAUAAUGGCACUAGAUAGCUCUAUUUUACUGAAGAGUGCUGGCUCGGCCGCGUGGAGACGACGAGGCUUUUGGAAAUGCGUUGGGCAUUUCCCGGUAAAUAUACUGCACUGAGAAAAUUACCAGCCACAUUUUGUAACGCUUUUACUGUUUCUGCAUUCUCUUGUUUACCCCGGUGAGAUUUUUAACCCUGUUGCACUUAAUUAUUUUGUAUGGUUUGCUUGAUUUUUCAUUUGUGUUCACAUCAUUCUUAUAUAAUCGCUAUUUAUGCUAUUUGUUUGCAAAUGUAUUUAUUUCCUGAGUUUGUAUUUAUUUCCACAAAUGUAAAUGCUUAAUACUGGGGGGAAAAAAAUCUGUUGACUUUCUGCACAUUGUAAAUGAUAGAGCACAUUCCAAUUUCAUGGCAUCCUUGCGCCAUCUAGUGUUGAAAGACGUGUGUUAGACAAUAAGUUGGAUCUCCCUACCAAAUCAUAAAUAUUUAAAACACUGCUUUUGCUCUCUUUAUUGGAAACUGAAUGUAUAAGACAAACUGAGCACUGAGAUUAAAAAAACCCUACUGUACUGUAUUUUUCUGAAACAACAAUUUUAGUGCGCAAAUUGCAAAACAGUUAAGAGUGAAUUUCAGUGAACUGAAUGUCAGAUUCUGCUUUGCAUAGAAUAAAAUCAAAAUCCACUUUGACAGGAUGUAUUUCUUUUUUCUUUUUUUCCCAAAAAUAUACUUAUUAAACUGCCUUUUGUGCACACAGGUGGGAGUGUGCAUAUAGUAUGUGCCUAAAUGUAUAUGAAUCCAUAAAAAUACACGAGUACUAUGUUUUGUGGUAGGACAGUAUUACGUGGAUGGUGUCUGAUUUAUUAUACAGUACCAUUAUUUUCAUAGGAGGAAAUGUUCCAGGUGACUGUUUGUUUCUCGGUAGCUCUAAUCUCACAGAUUUUGAAAUAUCACAUCUGAGAUAGACAAAAAAAUAAAAUAAAAAUCCGGUGUUCAUUUUGAGUUUUGCUGUCAUGGAGAGAAAAUGAAAAGGAAUAGUGAAUUAUAAGAAAAUAUUUUGUUUUAUUACAUCCUAAACUGAUUUCCAAACUUUAAAGCUACAGUGUGUAGGAUUUAGUGUCAUCUAGUGGUGAGGUUACAAAUUGCAUCAGUCCGUUGCUGGUCACGUUUUUGUUUCAGUUCACAGUUUUAGUUCUUUGGUGACAGUGACUCAUACUCGUCUUCUUUUGUCGUAAGCAAUAAGUAUGAUCCCCCGUUUAACAAAAACGAGGGUUCUCAAACUUGUUAGCCUACACUAUCAACUAGUACAUAGUGUAUAGGGGAGCAACCACUCAUCUCUCACCUCUUUUCUUUGGUCUUCCGACCACUCUGCAAAAAUACAAAAGACAGAGCAAAGUGUUUACCUUCUGAGCUACUGUAUAAACAUGGCAAUGCAAUAUGGCGGUCUUCAUCAGGGGGCAUGCUCCCAUGUAGAUAUGACGGCUCAUUCUAAGCUUGCGAAAACGCAUCGAUUCAUUUUAGUAGGUAAUUACACACUAAUGAACAGAUGGUUACGAAUGCUAUACUCCAUUUCUGUUAAAAGACACCUUUAUAUCCUACACAUUGUAGCUUUAAUAUUUAAACAAGUUUUUAAAAUUUGAUUGUUAUUCAGUGUUUGGGGCUGAUUUGAAUUGUAGCUUUUUCAAAACUGAGCUGACUACCACAAUUUGCAUUUCCGUUUCAAUCAUUCCAUCAAAAAAGUUUGUUUUUUUUAAGAUAUUGAAAUAUGAUGGUAUUCAUUAGCUAACUGUUUGUUUGCAUCAAUUGCACUUUUGUAUUUGAAUUAUUAUUUUUGUUUGUUUUGUUCACACUGGUCCUUAUAUCAUUUUUUUUAAGGAAAAUGGGGCGGUGUCAUCAUGCACAUGUUUAAAUUUGGCAUGAAGUUACUUUUAAAGGGGCCAUAUUGUGCAAGGUCAGUUUUUUCUCGAAGAUUUGCAGUUAGGUUGAAAUUUCAUAUUAAAUAUCCUCAAAAAUCCCACAGUUUAGUGGAUUUUUUGAGAAUAUUUGCCUUAUAACUCCUUUGUUAUAAGACAAAUUUAAACCUAAAAUGGCUGAUUUUAGAUUUCUGUUACGUGUGUCACAGAUGCCCAUAUCUGGUCUCCUGUUCACUGUGUGAGACACGCCUACUUACCCUCAGCACCCUCACGCCCACACAGUUUAGAGGACCAACACAGUAAGAUGGCCACAGUUUUAGGAGAAAGGGAGUGUAGUGAGCAGCAGCUCCUUUCCAUUUAAAGCAACAGGCAGAGAAAUGUUGAGAAAAUCAAAUACUUGAUUCAGCUUGAAUGCAUCACUUAAGUGUCUAUGGGAUAGUUUAGGUAAAAAUAUUCAGUUUUUAAGACAGUGGGUGACUUAAAUUAGAUUACUUAAAGUCUGCAUUGUGUGGCUCUUUUAAGAGAGAAAUAAUGUUAUUGUGUGAUUCAUUUAAGUAAUGCAUUUUUAAUUUCUGCAAAGGAAGUCACAGUCAUGUAGCCUAGUACAUUUCCAAGAAGAAAAAUGUAACAGCAAAUGAGCCAAAUUAGAAAAUGAAGUAAGACCCUAUUUUAUCCAAAUACUCAGUAUGUUUUAAAGAAUUUUAAUCUUUUAAAAUUGCAUCACACUGUUUAAACCUAACAAUCCUUUAUUCCCAGUUUCUUAUAUUUUAUUCCUAUUACCACACAUUGGUUGCUCAGGAAGUUUUGUGAAUAAUAUUUAUUUUUCUCCCUGUUAGUAUUUGAUGUUUUGUAAUGUGAAAUGCUUUUUUUGUGGAAAAUAUUAGUAUGAUAUGAAACUGUAUUGUAUUUUAUUUUCUUUUACAUUAAAAUGUAAUGCUUUUUUCAGUUUAAGUAGUUUGUAAAUGGAUACUUCCUAUUACUUUUACUAUUUCAUAAUAAACAGAUAUGCGCUGUGUUGUACAGUUUGUGUAUGGUAGAAAUAAACUUUUCAAAUGCU